AUGAGAGACAAAAAUUUAGAACAAUUAUUGGAAGUUAUUAAUGGAGAAAGUACCCAAAUUAAUUUGGAGGAACUAAUUACCAAUUCUAUACCAGAAUUGGAAUCUAGUUUUAAGAUGCUUGAAUCUAAAGAAAAGUUAUCUAUCAUAAAGUUUUCACUAGGACUUAUGGAGUUUAAGUCUGAUUCAAAAACUUUUCAUCAAGCAAGAAUGUCCUUAUUGGGAUUAAUUUUGGAAAAAGAAGAAAUCAAGGACAUACUUGGAUUUGAUUUUAAUGGAUUUAAUACUUCAAUUCACAUUUUACACUCAGUGGAAAUUGCAUCUUUGGAAAUUAGGUUAUUUCUAGAAUCUAAACUUAUAGAACUGGAGGAUUAUAAAUUUAGUGUAGAAGAAACAAAGGAUAAGCAGAAAAUACAAGAUGAUGGAGAAAUUGAUUUAUUAACAAGUAGCUUCAGAAUCUUAGAUUCUCUUCUUACUCAGCUGAAUAAAGAUGAGAAUCUGGAUUUUUUGGAAUCUUGUGAGAAGAUUAAAGGAGUUCAAGUAGUGGAAUUAUUAGAUUCAUUGAAAAGUACUGCAAAACAUUGUAUGGAGUUUGUAUUGGAUAUUGAGGGAAUUAUCUGGGAUGAGUACGAAAUGAAUCUUAAUAAGGGGCAAUUAGAGCCUAAAGGUAAUGUUCUUUCCAAGACUUCAAGUUUAUAUUGGAUUAUUUAUUACUCUUGCUCAAUAUCAUCAAAAUGGCAAAUUAACGAACCAGAUCAGGAUCUUGAUAAGUAUCUCAAACUAUUGGAAAUAGCAUCAAGGUAUUUGAAUCCUCUCCAUUUUGCAUCAGUGUUUCCUACAAUGAUCCAUCUAUCUGUAAUAGACUGGGCAAAUAUUCCAGGAAUAUUAGAAACUUUAUUAACAUCUAUGCUUUCUUUUUGUAGUUUAAUAAAGAAAGAAAAUAAAAAAGAAGGGAUUUAUAGUGGAUUAUAUUACGCAACACUAUUAGUUACUUCCGCUUGGUGGUCUCCAGGAAUAGAUACAUAUAGAGUUACUGUUUCGAAAAUUAAAGAUGGUUCAAGAUCCUUUGAGUAUGUUUCAAGAAAUUAUUUAAAUCUUGAUCAUUUAGAUAAGAUACAAGAUGGAAAAAUUUCAUUAUUAGAACUUAGAGUUGAAGAAAAACAUAAAUCUGGUACGAAUAUGCCAGAAUUUGUGCCUUUAGAUACAAACUCAAUUCCUGAAUAUUCAUUUGAAGAUAAUCCAGGAGUUGAUAGAGUUAGAAGAAUCUCUCUUAUUAUUUUUGGAUUAAUUAAAGAGAUUUAUGAAGAAGAGAUAUAUCAGUUACAAGGAAAUUUUAUAGACAAAAUUUCAUUUAUUAGUUAUUUAGAUAGUCCAAAUUCACAAAAUUUUGAAAGAUACUCUGCUUUUAUUCAGACUCUUAUUUGUAUUCUAACAUUAUUAACUUGUAGAAUACAAAAUUCAUAUGUACCAUUGGAGCUUUGGAAUAUAAUAUUUAAACUAAUUAUAGUAAUGACACCAAAAUCUAGUAAGGGUUAUUAUUACGAUUCUCCCAGAAAAGUUACUUUUUUUAUUUCAUUACUUAGAUCUACAGCUAUUGCAUUCUCAAGUGGAUACUCUGGUCAGGCCGAAAAGUUUAGUGAAUUACUUGAGAGCCUGAGAAUUGAAACUACAUAUAGUAUUCCAAAGCUAAUAAUUAGGGAUAAUUGUGAGGAAUUCUCCGAACAAGAUGAAGAAUCAAUUAAAUUCUUCCGUAAUUUAUUAGAUAUUAAUUAG